CGUUUGACAAGAGCAACGUUUUUGAAAUCAAUUUUGCAUCUACUUCAAUCAAUUUUGUUUAGAAAAAAGUGAUAUGAAUUUGGAACUUCUAAUCUCAUACUCGGACGAAGAAAUAAAAGAAUAGAGAAACAUACAUAUGGGUUCUUCUGCUUGUCUGUUUUAAUGGAUAAAUAGUGUAUUGUCCCAACUAAAGAUCAGCCAAACAAUCAAUCAAUUGUAAAAAUGACUGGAACUGAUUUACCCGACGUAGUGAAUGAGUUCACCAAAAUAUGCCGUAUUUGUUUGACCGCCGCCGAUGAAUUUCAUUCAAUUCAAGAUUUCGGUAAAGUUUGCAAUAAAACCGUUAGAAUAUCGGACCUGCUGAGCGAGUGCACAUCGAUCGAGUAUCACGAAAAUGACCACCUGCCGAGUGUUUGCUGUUCAGAUUGUUUGCUGCAAACAUGUAAAAUCUAUAAAUUCCGUGAAAUGGCCUUCAAAUCCAACAUACUCUUGAGACAAAAGAUGCCACAAGUAAAAUCAAGAAUACUGACAACGAUCAACAAAACGCUCAAUUUCCCGAAGGAUGAAUUGUUGAUAUCAGUACAGGCGGAAUUGGCUGAGCCUAGAGACGAGAAUGAUAUAGUUGACGUCAUACCGGGCAAUGACAUCGAAGAUCACGACAACGAGGUUGAAUAUGUUACAGUUAUUUUGGCCAAUGAAGAACCAACUGAGAGUGAUGAUGAACAUGUUGAGAUGGUUGAAGAAUCGAGUGAAAUGGAGGUGACCCGUGACGAAGAGUAUAUUCUAGCAGAAGAGUCGCUUGAUGAAAUUCCCAAAAUGUCCAUAAAGAAACAUCGAAGCCGUCCACGAACUAAAGAUGGUGAAAAUCGAUCGUUAACCUGUCACGAGUGCGGAAAAACUUUGAGUAACUUCAGCUCGUACAAAUAUCAUAUGCAAUUACAUUCCGAAGACACACCAUUCUUGUGCAGUGAGUGUGGGGAGGGUUUCAAAACCAGAAAUGCCUAUGACGGUCAUUUGGUCACGCACAUGGAAUCCAACCCAAAUCAGUGUGAUGUGUGUGGAAAGACCUAUCGACAAUCAGCUUCGCUACGGUCGCACAUGUUGACACAUACUGGAGAAAAGCCCUUUAAAUGUGAGAUUUGUGGCAAAGGAAUGACCCAAAAAAGCGGAUACAAAAAACAUCUUCUGACGCAUACUGGGGAAAAACCACAUGCAUGUGAAUUAUGUGGCAGGGAGUUUCGGUACUCAAGCAAUCUAAUAAUGCACAAGCGAAGCCAUUUGGGAAAUAAGGACUUUGAAUGCACGGUUUGUAAGAAAAAAUUUAUAAGCAAGGAGCAACUGAAACGACAUACAACCAUCCACUCCGGUGCAAGGCCCUACAAAUGCUCAUCUUGCGAUAAAUGUUUCAAUCGAAGAAGCACAUUGACGAUUCACCAAAAAAUUCAUAAAAAAGUCAAAUGUAAAUUCUGCUCAGAGAGUUUUGACACAAAAACUGCGGCUACUUCACAUGAAAAGACACAUGCCGAAGAGAAUUCAUCGAUCGAUAGCCAAUCAAGAUGAGACUAUUACAGUUGUGAAUAAACACUAUAUAGUUUAUUUCUAAAUGAGUUAGUUUAUUACGAUAGAUUGAUAUAAGUACACAACCUGUUUCAAUAAAAUGUAUUUUCCAUUGUGUAA